UGGUUGAGUCCUUUCUGGUCAUUUGAGCAGCUGGUCUGUGCAGAGCUGGAUCCUCUCAGGCUUGAUCGGAGCUCCGCGUCUCUCCGUGAAGACCUGACUCUGUGCCCGCCGCUCAGACGCUUCAGCCCGGGUUCUGCAGACAGUUUGAGCCGCUGAUCCGCCACAAUGACUCCCAGCUGUUCUUCCCUCCCUGCCCCCCCUCCCCCAGCUCCAUCAUGCCCAUCCUCAAAAACCUCCCAGUGCGCCUGAAAGGCGGCGGUCCGACUCUAGAGAACGCUUUGAUCCUUCGCAGGAUGAGCCUCAACAUCACCCCCCACCAUCACCAUCACAACCCCUUCGACAACGACGACGACAGCAUCCACGGCAUAGGAGGCCAUGGCAACCACUGGUCGCCGGGCAGCUCUCUCCUUGACGGCGAUGGGCCGAGGGACCGCAACCCGUUUGAGGAUGAGGAGGACGAGAACGAGGCCAAUGAGGGGAAGAAGGGAAGUGGAGGCGGAGGCGGCGGUUCGGGGAAGGGAUCGUUCAAGUUCACCUCCCCGCUGAAGACUCUGGGAAAGCUGGGGAAGAACCUGAGAAUGUCGGGAAGGAGCAAAGGAAGUGCAACGCCGUCCCCGCAGGGCUCGCUGCAAGGCACGCCUUCACCUGCAGAGAAGAAGAAGAGGGGCAGGAGGAGCUCUGAGGGAAGUUUGCUGAGGUUUGCGGGGAAAUAUCGCGACACCCUCGGCUCCCGUAAGGAGACCUUCACCAACGGCGAGCCGAAUUGCUCGGAGAGCGAAUGUGACUCCACCAGCCGCCGCCUGUCCUUCAUGAAGCUGGUGGGCCUAGGGAAGCUAAAGAGGGAGUCCAUGGCCGACCACUCGUCCCAGGGCCCCGAGGAGCAGUCGGUGCAGGAGGAGGCGAUGGAGGAGGUCAAACCCAGAGAGCCACUGUCAGUCCUGGAGAUCCUGCAGCUGGUGAAGAAGCGGGACCUCUUGUUGGCCGACACUCACAUCCUGGAGCUGGAGCAGGAGUGUAACGAGUCCGCCGCGGCCGACCGGGGCGCUGCGCCGCAGCCGGAGGACGCCACCAGCCCGAGUGUCAAAGACGGCGGGCGGAGGAAGGCGAAGGACGUGGAGCUGCUGUAUGAGGAGCUGCAGAAGGAGCUGUGGGCCGUGGUCAGGGAGUCUCUGCGCUCCCCGACGGCCGGGCCAAACCUGGGCCUGGUGGUUCAGGUGCUGCAGCAGGAGGAGCAGGUGGAUAAAGACUGGGCCCUCGGCGAGACCGCGGCCCCCGGUGGCCCGAGGCCUCGCCGACUGAAGCAAAGGUGGAGGGAGGCCGUGGAGGAGGCUGCUGACGGCUCUCUGCCUCAGAGUGCAGAGUUCACCGCCGGAGAGCUCAACGGGUAUCUGGACCGGCUCCGAGCCCGGGUGGUGGAUGACCUGGGGGCCUCCAAGAGGAACGUGGUGUCCAUUUACCCCGAAGAGUACCAGCCCUUCCAGGUGUACGUGCAGAGCUACCACCAGGCGGUUGCAAGGCGACUGCAGGCCAUCGCUGACAACCAGCUGGAGAUCACUGACAUCUACUCGCUGCUGGACUGGCUGCACAACAUCUACAACAGAGACGUUCUGGGGACGGUGUGCAUCACGAGUCCGUUCAGCCGCUCUCAGCUCAUCCCUCUGCUGCCUGCAGAGACCGUGGACAGACUGGAGCAGGACUGUCUCAACUCCGUCAGGGCUAAAGUGACCACAGAGCUGAGUCAGGUCCUGGACGACGAGGAGAGAAGGUGGAUGGAGUCUCUGCACAUCGAGGAGUACCAGAUCACUCUGGCCAAGACCGUCAUACAGAGGCUGCAGGUCGAUCUGGAGCGUUCGGCCUCCAUAAACAGAUCUUUGGGCUCCAGAGUGGCGCAGUGCAGCCUCAAUGGCUUUGCCGACUUCCUGUACAGUUUCCAGCGUAAAGUUGAGAUGUUUCAUGAGGGGAUGCAGAGCGGCAUGUUUGGAGACAACGAGGACGGAUAUGUGUCCAAAACCAUCGCCUUGGUCAACUGCUGCCCUCCGUUCAGAGGGUUCGUGCAGCGUUGUGCUCAGUGUGAUCCGUCCGUCAGUGAGGACUCUCUGCGUCGAGCCAACAAAGCUCUGGAUCACAUCGUCCAGCAAGGAGUCAGAGUGCUCUCUGAACGCCUCUACCUGCACAUCAGGCCCUUCUUUGAGCGGUUGGUGAAGAGGAAGUGGCUGAGCAACGCGGAGCCGUACGAGCAGAUUGAAGCGCUCAUCAAAGAACACUUUAAGAAAUAUCACAGGAUGGACAGUCCUCCCUAUCAGCUGCUGGUGGCGGAGGUCCAUCGGAGGGUGGUGAUGGAGUACCUUCGCUCGGUCAUGCGAGGCAGAAUCAUCUGCACCUCUAUGAAGAUGAGGAAGAGGAUGGCGGGCCGGCUCAGAGACGAAGGCAAACAGAUCAAAGUUCUCUUCAAAGACCUGGAGUCUCCGUCCAGCUGGUUGGACAGCGCUCUGUCUCACAUCUCAGAGAUCAUCCAGCUGGAAGACGUCCCCUCCAUCCAGAUGGAGGUCGGCGUUCUGGUCAGAGAGUUUCCAGACGUCAGGAAGAAGCACGUGUCGGCCAUUUUGAACAUCCGGGGGGUGACUCGGCAGGCGGAGCGUCAGGAGAUCCUCAACAUCGUCAAAGACAUCGAGAGCAGCGAUGGUGGUGGGGGCAGCGGCGGGUUGGCUCGCCUGUCCCGGGAUCGCGCCCUCUUCUCUGAGGUGCCGGUCACCUCCGAGGUCCACUGCCUGAACGUGGGCCUGAGCCGCAUCGCCCUCACCGCCUCGUCCUGCUUCACCACGCUGCGACCACGCCGACGCAAAACCCGAGCGCCCGUCCAGGAAAACUCUGACGACGUCCUGUGAGCGGAGGUCACCAGAGCUCGCACCCGGGGCUGUUGUGGUGGUUUUUAUUCCCAAUUUAACCCCAUUUAACAAUAGUUUCAACAUGAUGAUUACCAACUGACUGUGCCUUUCCACCAGGCUGCUGCUUUCAAGGAAUCUUCUUUUCUUUCCAGGAGAUGUUUGAGGAAAAACAGCAGGAAAGUGGUUUAAAUGUCCAGCGCAGACUUUAGGACUAAACUUUAAAUCAUUCUGACUCAUUUACACUUUUCCUUUCUGGGAUCCUGAUGAGAAAAUAAUCUGAGCACUGACUGCUGAGGGGAAACCCAUCACAUGGGCAAAGAAAAGGAAAAGACAGAAGUCCCUGGUGGACGAGGAGUGAUGAUGACGGGAGAAGGUGACUACGAGAAAUGGACUGAAAAUCUGUUCUCGUCUCGGUCGGUGUGCAGACGAAGGCUUGACUUUAUCAGCCUCUCCACCACAGGAGACAAGAAUCAACUGCUCACCCAUUUCUCUUUAUUGAAACACGACAAACUGAUUUAAAAACGAUUUAAAAACGUACUUUUCUUCUGGGAAUUUAGGAUUUCUUCUGUGGAAAAGAAAAUGUAGGGGAGAGCCGGGCUGAAAGUAACACAGCAGUUUUGUCAGAGUCCGUACGUGUCUGAUCUGUAGAACGCAGUACUGAGCAGAACCGUUAAAUAUCAGGUGGAUACGUCAACAGAAAAAGAAGCUGUUUUCAACAACAGAAAGUAAAUUCACUUUUUUAAAUGAAAUCUCAAAAUUUUUCUGUAUAAAAGAGAGUCCAGUUUAAAAGUCAGGAGUCACCGUCUGGACGAUUAAAACACUUGCAUUGAUUGAUAGGCCAUAUGUUCUAAAGUUAAAUGUAACAUGUUUAUUAAGAUAAAGGACAUAAUGUGUCUGCAGUGAUAUUCAGAAGGAUGAUGUUCGACAUUUUAACUAACACCGAUUACAUAAACAAUUUAAAUAUAUACCGUCAAAUUAAACCAUAAUUGUUCCACAUGUGUACAACAUAUCACCUGGUUAUUGAUCGAACACACCUGUGAGUUCUUUAUUAUAGCAAAACAAAAAAAGAACUUCUGUCUGUAACGGUGUCUUUUAAAAUGGCGUUUAUCUGAAAAGUGUUUCAAUUGUCCCGGCUCUCCCCUACAUAUGGAAACUCGUUUAUUUUCACCUGUGGAGGAAAAAAACGGACAUUCAGGGUUAAGACCUGGUCACAUCAAAUAAAAUUUAAACAAACAA